UUCUGCUAGAACUUGGACAAAUUGACAAAAUGAAUAUGGUCCAUCAAUAUGUAUUAGAUUCAAGUAAAGUGAUGGCAGAUGUUCAAAAACCUAAAACAGAGAUGGACUUUUGCAAAGAUCUGUUAGGUGAUGAGAAUAGAGAAAUAAUAGAUGUCAUCAAAUACCAAACUCUUCUUGAAAAAUAUCCAGGCAACAGAUCGUUUAAAUCUUCAUUUGAUAUUGCUAUGGCUAAGUUACAAACUGCAAUAUCAAAGGAACAUAACACACUAAAGAAAUUGUUUUUGGAAUCAAAGUUUGAUCGUAUAAUAUCUGGUAAACUAAAAAAAGCAGAAAUGCUUUUGAAAAAAUGGAAAGUAUAUUUCUUUUAACCCAAUUUUGGUCAGGUUUUCAUUCUUAUAUAUAUUUAAAUUCAAAUGGUAAUUAUCUUGUUGCAGUGAUAAGUAUAUAUCAUAGAUUUAGAAGGAUUAUUGGGUUUUUCUUUUUUGAUAAGCUGAAUGUUAUGUUAUAUAUAAUUAUUUCAAAGAGAAAGCAAUUCAAAAUGAAAAUCUUGUUUUUAUUGUUUUUUUCAUCGGACUGCGUUGAAUUCAACACAUGUAUCUAUUUUACAUGUUAAUGUAUUUACAUGUAUAUGGUAGUUAAAACAUCAAAACUUUUUCUGCAAAAUGUUUAUUUAGUUUUUUUUUAAUGUAAAUAAGCUCAUUUCAAAAACUAACAGUUGUCACUUGACAAAAAUAAAAGGUCAACAUUGAAACCAGGUACUUGUGUACUUUGAAGGUUUUAUGAAGUUUGAGUUUGUUAUGUAAUAAAGAUAAUGUUAGUAAAAAAAUGUAAAUACCAUUUUCUGUGAGCUUCCUCAGGUUUUAACAAUGGAUGGUAUUUAAAUAUAGACAAAUUGUCAAUAAUCAUUGAGUUAUGGUGCCAGGGAAACAUUAAGGUGGCAGUUAAAUUAUGGUACUUUUGAGUUAUUUGAUUGUUAUCCAUCUACAUGUACUUUGAACUGUUUGAUAGGUUUCCAGUUACAGUAACAUAUUUUGUUAUAACAUGUGUAAUAUCAAUAUCUAACCAGUAACUUUGUAAAAAUGGAUGUCAAGCUUAUGAUAGAUAAAUUAAUUAUUUUUAAUUAAUAAAAGAUGAAAACAUAAAAGUUAAAUCAAUUUAUGGAAUAUUUUCUAUACUAAUUUGUCUUAAUAUAUUAUGAAUUCUAGAUUUUUGCUUACAUGCUAAGGAUUACAAUUAUAUUAUGA